AUUGUCGAGUUACACCAACUCUCGGAACCUUUGGACAGCCCAUCCGUCAUCCAGUUACGUAUGAUAAUAGAAGUCAAGUAGGUUCAGGAAGGAGGUAACUUCCAUCUACCGUACAACAUCAUCACUUGGGCGUUGCAUCCCCAAUAAAGCAUAUUCUCUCUCCUUGUGAUUCAGAUUAAAGCUAUACAACCGUCGUAUCUUUUUUUUUUGGCGCCUGUAGUAGGUCCCAACUGAGAACAGCUCCAUCUAAUUGAUUGAUCAAUCUACCUACCUUAUCCACCGCAUCCAUCAACCACAUCGCAUCGCAUCGCAAUCACCAACCAUGUCGAGCGCCAAUCAACUCUUUCUGCUCGCUGACCACAUUAAGCUCUCGCUGUUGGAGCGCCAACGGGCUAAGAAUCUUAAUCUUGAAGGCGACUCGCAAGAUGGUCACAUCUCACGAUCUUUUGACCAGUUCCGCGAUGGUCUGGCCAAUCUCCGUGAUGAGGAGCAGCGGUUGACCUUUGCAGGCGAAACAGACGCCGCUACAAGCCUCACAGAAUCCAUCACAUCGCUCCAGAAGCAAUUAGACGACCUCACAACUCAAUUCCAAGGCCAACCAAACUCCAAAACCGCCGAAACACUCAUUCAUCCCAACUCGGAAGAGCUCGCCGACGACUUUGAGCACGCAACAUCCACAUCUCCAGUCUCGCGGAAGCCAAAGACUGUUCGCUUCAGCGACACUCCUCCUUCACCGUCCGCCGAGCUCUUUGGCCGUUACCGCGAUGAUCCCUCCGAUAGCGCCGGCUACCGAGACGAGGCACAGGGCAUGGACAACCAGCAGAUUCACCAGUACCACGCCCAAAUCCUAGAGCAACAGGAUGAGCAGCUUGAUCGCCUGGGCGAGUCUAUCGGACGCCAGCGCGAGCUUAGCAUGCAGAUCGGCGACGAGCUCGAUAGCCAUGUUGCUAUGCUCGAUGAGGUUGAGGCUGUUACCGAUCGUCACCAGAGCCGACUGGAUCGUGCGAGUAGAAUGCUCGGAAAGGUUGCUCGAGGCGCAAGCGAGAACAAGCAAAUGACCACUAUUGUGGUUCUCAUCAUCAUUCUUGUCUUGCUCAUUGCUAUCCUGAAAUAAAGCACCUAGUCUGUAGACCAUGCUUGUCUCUUCUUUCCAUCCGUCUCAAAAGAAACAGCGGGCUUAGCGCAUUGGUUGGAGUUCUCGGAGUCGUUUGCUUGGGCGUUAUUGUGGCAUCUACCUACAUUUUGAUUUGUUUUUGUUCCUUUGCUUCAGUACAACAGUGGACAGUUGGCCUUUUCUGCGACUCACUUCCUGUAAAUAUGCCAAUACUUGACGCAGUUUAACAGAAUAGAGACCGAUUUAGGUUCCUCAUCUUAUCAUAUUAUCAUUCUCAG